AUGGCAACGAUGACAGGACUACACUGGGCCGCAGGGGAAAGCUGCAUUUCGCCCCUUGGCAUUUUCGCCAACGUCUUGUUAUUUCACGGACAACGGCAGCCUUGGACUCAGAUCUUAGGCUCCAGCUUUACCUUCGCUUUGAACCCGGCCAAUGCCGACAGCGUUUGGCGUGCCCUGGUCAUCGAACAGGUGGAACCUGCCCUGGUGGACUUGGGCGUCAUGAGUGCAGCUCGCGAUGAACAGGAUCAGUUCCGGGUGUACCUGGAGGCGGACGACGUCUUCGAGUUGGCGCCCCGGGAUUUGAAACGCAGCAUGGAUGAGGAUCUGCCCUUGUUGGUCUUCGGUCCUCUGAGCGCCUUCCUCGCUACCUUGGUGACCCGUGGCCGUGUGCUGGUGGCCAUGGUGGCGGGCGUCUUAGCCCUGGCAGUUCCUUUAGUGACCAGCAUCGGCUUUCUCGCUCAGCAGAAGGAGGAUGGACGCGAAGAGGUGCGAAUUAUCGCCGCGGCUGCGUGGUUCGUCAUCUCUGCAGGGAUGGCGGAUUUGUGCUCCGCAUGCACUCAUGCCUUGGAGGAGAGAAAGGAAAGCCUUCGACCACAGGUGCCCGAGUGGAUGAUCAUCAGAAUGUUGGCCAGCAACAUGGUGGUGCCAUGGAUGUUGGAGGAAGCGACUGGCAAGGGCGCCCUGGCGCUGAGGCUCUUCCGCGUGUGCUGCGAGGCUCUGGCUCCGACCACUGCCAUGGGUCUGACGUUGCUCUUGAUGGCACCGGGACAACUCGACAUGGUGGCGGUCUUCGCGCAUCACACGGGGCUGGGGCUGCUGGUGGGUGUCCCUUUGGCGGCGCUGCUGAUCCCGCCCGCCGUUGAAGCUGGAGAUGCCCUGGCCACUCAGAUCUUAUCUUGGCGCCAUGAUACGGAGAUGGAGAUGUCUGAGGCGUUGAUGACUCUCUUCGAUAACCUGCUGCCAAUGGAGUUCGGGGCCAAACAGGACUGGCAGGGCGAAUUCAAAUUCAAGAUGCGAAAGCGGACCAGAGACUUCCUCCGCUUGAGGUGGUUAAGUCUGGCAGUGGUCUUGGUGAUGACAGGCCUAUUCCUGGUCUAUAUCUCGUUCAGCCUGGGUGCUUCGUCGCCCAGCUUCACCGCCGACACACCUCGACUUUUUGAGGUCGGCCACCGCUUGUACGACAAGGCGCGCAUCCGCGGCUUGUUCGAUCCGCUGGAAGGCUACCAAGCCCCGAUGGAUCAGCAUGCCCUGCAAUCGGCGAGGCGCUGUUCGCCCACUGCUGCGGAUGCUGCAGCGUGCACCUGGUACAAGUGUGAAGCAGGGCCCAGGGCGGAACUGCAGGACACUGAGCCGACGGAGUGCAAGUGCUACACCAUCCAGGGCUCGGAGACCUGCUCCGGCACGGCAGCGCGGCUCUUUGGGGGUCAGGCGACCGCUGUGAUGGCUUCUGGCCUCUUCUGGAACUGGGCAGGAGCCAGUGAAGCAAUGUCGGGAUCAAUGCCAGCAGCUGGGGCAGCUGCAGCGUCUUCGAACCCGUCCGAUGAGAAGGGCAACAGCCUUUGGAAUAUCCUCCCGAGUUUUGAUCCCCAACAGGACGAUCCCAGAGAGUACCGUGACAAGGUACUUUUCCUUCAUGGGAUUUGUCCUCGGAAGGACAGAGCCAUGCUGGCUCCACGUCUGGCCAUGAUGAUGAAAGGCACGGCCUGGGCCCAGGUGAAGCAGCUGGAUACAGAGCAACUUCUCGAUCCAGACAAAGGAGUGCAAGUUCUUUUGACGGCCAUCUCGAAGUGGGAAGAGGCUGAGGAAAUGCAGCUGUAUGACAAGUUUGAGCGGGCACUAUACAAAACGACACAACGCAGUGACGAAACAACUCAGAGCUUUGUGAACAGGAUGUCGGUGUCGUUCCACGAGCUUGGAUCGUUGACAGUCAAAGACAUCAGGGCAUUUAUCCUUCUCAGGCAAUCAGCCCUGUCUGUGGAGGAUAAGAAACGUGUCCUGUCGAUGGCUGGGAACCCACUUAAGUCUGAGGAGGUGGAGAAAGCUAUGCGUCAGUUGUCGACAAGGGUGCUGGUGGGUCAAACUGAUGGAAAACGCAAGGUGUACCCAGUGAACUACUUGGAGGACGAUGCUGAGGAGGUGCACUUCACAGCCGAUGCUGAUGGCUGGGAUGAAGACCAAGCCAUUGUCUAUCUGGCUGAACAAGGAGAUGAAGAAGCCCAGUUGACCAAAGACUUCGAGGACCAGCUGAUCGAAGUAUGCCAGGAGAACCAAGACCUUGCGAUGUGCUACAACUCGUAUGCCGAGGCAAGGGCCAAGAUUCGAGACCGUCUUCGCCAUCGUGGAUUUUGGCCAGCCACAGGUGGAAAAGGACGUGGGAAGUCAGGGAAAAAGGGAGGAAAACCAGACAUGGGACGGUUUCCGAAAAAGAAGGAAAGUUUGGCAGAGCGCAUUGCAGCGUCAAACUGCCGGCGCUGUGGCCAGCGAGGCCACUGGAAGUGGGAAUGCCCGCAGAAAGAGGGGACGAAGGAGGACGUGAACUUGGCUGAGGACACAACGUUCUCUGUGAAUGACCCGGAGAUCUUAGAUGAACUUCCAGAAGGUCUGCGUGGGUCGAACACCAUUGCAGAGCUGUACCUGAACAUGACCAACCAGAGAACAUCCGGACAGCAGCUGAAGUGGCUCAAUCAACCUUUUCGAGCUCUCGAACGUGCAACGUUGGUGACAACUGCGUCCAAGUUCUCCAUGGCGAACAUGAAGGAGAAGGCAGCCUAUGCGUCAGCCUUGGAUCUGCCACUUCCGUUUCCGGAAGACCCAGAGAUGACCUAUAUGACGGCCAAGGUGGAGGAGAAGGUGUUCCGGCCACCAGGUGUGGUCAAUCUCCGUCAAUGGGGCCAGAUGACUUUGGCGGAGGGAAAACACAAAGGGAAGACCUUUGCCGAGGUGAUCAAUGGAGACCGGGAAUAUGCCAGCUGGAUGAAGAAACAUCCAAAGCUCUCCAGCGACUGGGCGACCUCGUUUCAGAACUACAUCAAGGCUUGGGAUCAAACGCAUCUGGGAGUUCAAAAUCCAAGGGAUGCUUUGAAGCCGAAAGCAUCUGCGCAGCCCAAGAAGAUGCCCAGCCCCGAAGGAUGGAGCGAGGAGGAGGCCGAGCUGGUAUUGAUCGAGGAGGGAAUGGUUCCUCAAUCGAGUGCCGGGAAAGUCAUCAAAGCUUCCCUUCCGACACAGGGGAAAAGGCAGUUCAACAAGGACAACAAGGUGAGCAUGGAGGCCGAGGUGGACCCGGAGAUGGUGCAGAGCUUGCAGAUGCAGAUCGCUCUUCUUCAAGAUCAAUUGGCUCGCAUCACCAGAUAUUGCCGGAAAGGUCAUGAGCAUCGACCUAUUCUUGGCCAAGCGUAUAUCAAUGGUCGCUGGCAAAAUCUGUCAGCCUUUGCUGCGAAGUACUCCAAAGGUUUUGCUAAAAAUGUUGCCUAUGCAAUUGCCACCAGUAAGCAGCUAGGGGAAUAUCCAGUAACGUUGGAAGAGCUGUUGGUGCCAUGCUUUGGAGUACGAUCAGCAGAACAGCAGGAAAUGGCAGAACAGAUUGUCAAGCGGCGUAAGUACAGCCACAAGCAGGGCCCUCGACCUGGUGAAGAAGAAGGGGAAGUUGAAAUACUGGGAAACCCCGAAGAAUGGAAGACCCUAUCCAAGAGACGACAGAUUCGAAGGGCCAAACCAGCUAGGGUGUGUAUAACCAUUUUUGGGGACGAUGGGGCUGAGAACAUUCCUCUGGGGAAGAACCUGGCUGAGGGUGACGGGAAGUCUGGGAACGUGGACAAAAGUCCUGCAAUGGUUCCCUCCGGCAUUGUGGCUGAACCCGAUAUGGACCAAAUGAAACCCAUGGAGGAUCACUUGAUUUUCAGUGUGAUGCAUGUGUUGAAUCCCACAAAGGAUUCCAGGAUGCUGGACCGCAUGGACGUCGAGAACCCCGUGGAGAAUCCAUUGAAAGCGAGAGGUUUCGUGCAGCGCUUGAUCGUCGGAGCCUGGCAAGAAAAGCUUUUAUUGAGGGAACGUAAAGGGAACCCCGAUAGUCCAGUGGAUGAGAAAGAAAGACAUGCUCUCAGAAGUCUCAUAGGAGCCCUGCAGUAUGCUGGUGUUCACACCAGACCGGACCUGUGUGCAAAAAUCGGCGAAGUCCAGGCUUCGGUAACCAAGGCAACAGUGGCCGAUCUUGUGCAGUGCAAUAAGAUCCUUCAUGAAGCCAAAAGCCACCCGGUUUCGUUGAUGGUGCUCCCAAUAGAGCCAAAACAGGUAACCUUUUGUGCCUUCUCAGAUGCCAGCUUCCUUUCGAGCAAGCAUAGCACAGCUCAUCAGGGAACUUUGGUUUUUACAACAACCGCUGAAAUUUUGGAGAAUAAGAAAGCUGUUGUUGCACCCAUUGCUUGGUCGAGUAAGAAGGUGCCUCGUGUUGUCCGCAGCACACUGAGUGCUGAAGCAGCCGCUCUUAGCAACACGGUUGACAGGUUGCUAUGGCUGAGAAUGCUGUGGGCCUGGGUCGAAGACCCGGAAUGUGAAUGGGGCAGUCCGGAAGAAGUUUUGGGAGGGGAGAACAAAGCAGCUGUUGUCACUGAUUGUAGGUCCAUGUUUGACAUCUUGACACGGACAGCAGUUCCCAGCUGUACAGAGCAUCGAACAACCAUCGAGUGUCUUCUCAUCCGUGAACGACUCAAAUCCAAUUGUGAUGUCAGGACUGGUCGUUAUUCGCUGUUUGAUGAGGGUUUGGUGUUGAAACAACGUGCGGAUGGGAGACAACGACUGAAAUGGAUCAAAGAACAGACGCCAACUGAAGAACAGUCUGAUCCAGUUUUGACUGAAAAUGAGCAGUCGGCGAUGGUUUCAGAACAUUUUGAAUCUCAAGAUUUUUGGAAGGUGGUGCCUGUUGCAUUUUCCCGAAAUGAUCGGGCAAUCCUCCGCCGCAUCUCAAGGGCGGGAGGGAGCGGAGUCAAUGGCAGGCUGAACCAAGUGUUCAACGUGACAACUCCAGCGCCAGAGAGCCUGUUGGAGAUUGAGGUGGGUCGGAUGGGAUGGCUAGCCAUCAAUGUGGCUGUUUCCUAA